CUGGUGGGGGGCAGCCCUGCCCAUGGCCGGGGGUGGCACUGGGUGGGCUUUGAGCUCCAAUCCAAGCUGAGCCAUUCUGUGGCUCCCUGACUGCUGAAAAGUCUGGGUUGCUACUGGGCCUUUUGGAAGGGACCUUCCAGCUUCUGACUCGUUGAUGAAUGAGUUUGACCUGAGGGACAGUGGGUGCAUCUUGACCGUCAGUCUGGAGCCUGUGGGCACGGCCUUAGCAGGGACCUGGCUUUCUCUUUCCUUCCUCAGCACGCUCACGUCUGCGCUGUGCUCCAGCUCGUGUUGUGCUGCAGUGCUGCUGAGCGUGUUUGGUGAAGCACUUUGGGAUCUGUUUUGAAUGAAAUACUGCGUUCAUGCAGAUGUGCCGCAGGCGGCCUCGCGUCUCCUCGCUGAUAGCAGCAGCGGCGGUAGCUCCUCUCUGCUCAUCUAGCGGCGUCUGGGCGCGCAUCAGAUUGUGACCCUCAGGACGGCCCUGCGAUGUGUUGCACGAAUGGCGUGGUGUGGAGCUGGUGGAGCAGCAGGCAGGGCUGGGGGCCGUCGGUGGCACGGGCUGCUGCGGGGCUCACUCUCUGGAAUGCUGUCUGGCAGCAGCCUCUUCCAGCGGGGUGAAGGCUCCCCGAGGCUGGCCAGCCUGUGAUUGCAGGCAGCAUGUGUGCUUAAUGCCGCAGUCUGUGCCAUAUGGACCUUCUCCUCCUCCCUGCUUGCCCUCUCUGUGUCUCCCUUCCCACUCCGCUCCCCUCCCCCUGCAAACGCUUUGACAGAGCAAUUGGGCAGGCACUGGGACCGCGGCUCUGACAUAAAUCUCUCCUGGUGUGGAAUGAGGGGUAUAAAUAUCCAGAGAGUGAUGUGAUCUUUCCAGCUGCUAUUAAUAGGUCCCCAGAGAACGAGAGCGCGCGAGCAAGGCUGGCUGAUGCUUAAAGGGCUAGCAACUCCCUUAUGUGCUGUGAAAAUUAAUCAGCACUGUGGCUCACCAUCUUCCUCCGGGCUACAGCGGAGCCCUCAGAGAGGUGUGCGGGGAGGAGGAGGGAGCAGCUAACGAGUCGCUAGUUAGGGAGCAGUGAUAGGGCAAGCUGUGCGCAAAUGAUGCUGCUAACUAGGCAGGAACGCCUGGGCGGGCUGUGCAGCAUGGCUGUGUGCUGUAGGGCUGUGCAGUAGGGAUGUGCAGAAGGGAUGUGUGCAAUAGGGAUGUGUGCAGUAAGGCUGUGCAAUAGGGCUGUGCAAUAGGGCUGUGUGCUGUAGGGCUGUGCAGUAGGGCCGUAUGCAGUGGGGCUGUGCAGUAGGGCUAUGUGCUGUAGGGCUGUGCAGUAGGGAUGUGCAGUAGGGAUGUGUGCAAUAGAGAUGUGUGCAGUAGGGCUGUGCAGUAGGGCUGUGCAAUAGGGCUGUGAGUAGGGCCAUAUGCAGUGGGGCUGUGCAGUAGGGCUGUGUGCUGUAGGGCUGUCCUGUAGGGCUGUGAGUAGGGCUGUAUGCAGUGGGGCUGUGCAGUAGGGCUAUGUGCUGUAGGGCUGUGCAGUAGGGCUGUAUGCAGUGGGGCUGUGCAGUAGGGAUGUGUGCAAUAGGGAUGUGUGCAGUAGGGAUGUGUGCAGUAGGGCUGUGCAAUAGGACUGUGCAUUAGGGCCAUAUGCAGUGGGGCUGUGCAGUAGGGCUGUGUGCUGUAGGGCUGUGCAGUAGGGCUGUGUGCUGUAAGGCUGUCCUGUAGGGCUGUGUGCAUUAGGGCUGUAUGCAGUGGGGCUGUGCAAUAGGGCUUUGUGCUGUAGGGCUGUGCAGUAGAGCUCCUGCCGCAUGCUGCUCUGCCAGGCACUGCUGCACACUGCUGCACACUAACCAGCCCUGGUGCAGGGAGCAGGUGUGGAGAAGUCCAUUUUACAGGCAGGGAACUCCCUGGCAGUCUGUUGCAACAUGCAGCCUGUGCCUCGCAGCCAUCAGCAGCAAGUUGGAGGUGGUGUGCACGGUGCUGCUGGGCACUGUGUUCUAUUUAGAGCCACAGAGUUUGGUGCUGCGUGUCCCAGGGUGGCAGAAAAAAUCUGUGCUCAGCCUCUGGGCUGCUCAGUCCAGAUGGGAGGAGCGUGGUCCCAGUAACCCCUGCGUGCUGGGAAAUGCGUCUGCCUAUACAAGGGAAAGGUUCUCGCCUGUGUGGAGGGGGUGUCAUGCAAACAACAUAGAAGUAUGCAAGCAGACAGGGAUACCUCAGCUUCCCCAAACACGUGGUUUGCUUUCCUUCCCCAAACUCGCCUGUGGCAGGGAGAAGAGUAAUGACAGGGCUGUGGCAGGGCAGUGUGAGGCCCUGACGCAGGAGAGCUGAGGAGCGGUUCUCACUGGGAUGCUCUUUGUUCUGCACAGCACUGUCAGAGUCUUUAGCAAUGAGUAUACUACAGGUCUUUGUUCAAGAGCUGCAUCCCUAAAGUUGGAGAUGGGCACCCUAAGCAGCCCAUUCUGGUGCUCCCACAGUGCCUGUCCCAUGCGGGAAGUCGAAGGUAGUUGUAAGCUGUGAGGGAUGCACACAGCAGUGCCCAGGGCUGCAGGUUGAGCGAUGUCGUAUGAGCAGCUCUGGGUUCUCCCUUGCUGUGUGGGGCACCGUGCUCACCCUCUGCCUUCUUCUCUUGCAGGUUUGUGACAGAAGGGCCUGGGAGCUCCCUCCACUGGUGCUGUGGGACGCUUCAGCCAAUCCAAUGCACCCUGACAACAAACUGCCCAGCCAUGGCAAGGCAGGCAGCAGCGGUGCCCCGGCCCAGCACCACAACGUGAGCCAAGCACCCACCUGCAACCUGGGCUCGAAGGGUGUGGGUGCAGGCAGCCAUGGCGGCAAGGCCACCCAGAUCUCCCCUGGCAACUCUGGACUGAAAAACAGCCAGAACACUGUCCCGAACUUCAGCUCCUUGAAAGGCAAGGUGAAACGGGAACGAAGCAUCUCAGUGGACUCAGGAGAGCAGAGAGAAGCUGGCACCCCGUCGCUGGACACAGAAUCAAAAGGCGAGGUGGCUCCCCGCAGCAAGCGGCGGUGUGUGCUGGAAAGGAAGCAGCCGUACAGUGGGGACGAAUGGUGCUCUGGGCCAGACAGCGAGGAAGACGACAAGCCCAUCAGCAGUGCACACAAUUGUAAUGUAGCAGAUCCUGCAAUGUCCACGGCCUCGCAGCUUGGCCCAGGGUCCAACCCGCUGCCAAACCUGAAUGAGACCAGUUCUGCCAGCACACCUCAUGGUACUGCCCCAGGCUUACGGUCGGAUGGUGCGGGAGGUGGAGGUGGUGGAACAGGAAAGCAGCCUUCUCAGUUCGUCUACGUCUUUACAACGCACCUUGCUAACACAGCUGCGGAAGCUGUCUUGCAGGGCCGAGCUGACUCCAUUCUGGCCUAUCAUCAGCAAAACGUUCCACGGGCAAAGCUAGACCAGGCGCCAGCUCCUAAAGUGCUGGGAGUUGCUGAGCAGGUUCCAAUUAACCCUCCUUCUGCCAACACUCCCCAGUCGCAGCCACCAGCACCUCAAGCAAGUCAGCCACAGCCGCAGCCUCCCCCACCACAGCCUCCUCCUCCACCUCAGGCCAUCAGUCAGACAGCCCUACCUGCACCCAACAACCUGCCCCAGGAGGGGACAAGUGAAGAUGUCCGAAGAGAACUGACUCCCAACUCUCUAGGAAACAACAGCGGCAGCAACCAGCCUGGAAGUAACCACCCCAAUACACCCACUGCAUCUACCACCACCAUGCAGCCUGGGCAGGUGGACUCUGCCACGUCCAGCUCCAACCUCCUCGGGGAGGGCCCGGGUUCAGGGAUGCAGGGGAAUGGGCAGGCAGGGCUGGGCUCCAGGAACUCCAUGAACUCAGAAGGGCUCUCGAAGGAGCAGCUGGAGCACCGAGAGCGCUCUCUGCAGACCCUGCGGGACAUUGAGCGUCUGCUGCUGCGCAGCGGGGAGGCUGAGCCGUUCAUGAAGUCCAGCCAAAGCACGGGUGAGGGUGGGACUGCCCCUCAGCCACAGGCUGCCCCUGCCCAGCCCCCCGCUCCCCCUGCCAGCAUGAAGAAGUACGAGGAGCCUCUGCAGUCCAUGAUUUCCCAGACCCAGAGCCUCGGCGGCCCCAGCCUGGAACACGAGGUGCCCCACCACCCCGGCACUGACAUGGGGCAGCAGAUGAACAUGAUGAUGCAGCGGCUGAACCAGGACAGCCUGACGCCAGAGCAAGUGGCCUGGAGGAAGUUGCAGGAAGAGUACUAUGAGGAGAAGCGCCGGAAAGAGGAGCAGAUCAGCAUCCAUGGCCGACCCAUGCAGGAAAUCAUGAUUCCACAAUCUAUGGGCAGCAUGAUGAUGCGUGGCCCCCCCCCACCCUACCACAGUAAGCCUGGGGAGCAGUGGCCGCCAGGCAUGGGCAGCCAGCUGCGGGGACCCAUGGACGUGCAGGACCCUAUGCAGCUAAGGGGAGGGCCACCCUUCCCAGGGCCACGAUUCCCUGGAAAUCAAAUACAGAGAGUCUCUGGCUUUGGAGGGAUGCAGAACAUGCCCUUGGAUGCUCUUGGUCCCAUGAAUGCCAUGCAGAGGCCAGUCAGGCCUGGCAUGGGGUGGAGUGAUGAUCUGCCCCCGAUGGGAGGUCCCGGGAACUUCCCACAGGGCUCCCUGCCCUACCCAUCAGGGCAGGGGGACCCUGAAAGGUUCAUGAAUCCACGUGCCAGGGAGGAGAUUCUGCGGCACCAGCUGAUGGAGAAACGCCCGGUGGCGAUGCAGAGGCCCAUGGGGAUGUCCAGCAACUCCAUGAGCCAGGGUAUGGAAAUGGAGAGGAUGAUACAGGCUCACAGACAGAUGGAUCCAUCCAUGUUUGCUGGGCAGAUAGCAGGGGACAACCUCAGCAGCAACCCAAUGGGAAUGGAUUUUGCAGGAAGUCGUGGGAUACUGAGUCCCCCCAUGAGCCAGUCAGGCCUUCGGGACAUGGACGCACCCAUGGGCCCUGGCAACCUCAACAUGAACAUGAAUGUCAACAUGAACAUGAACAUGAACCUUAAUGUCCAGAUGACCCCCCAGCAGCAGAUGAUGAUGUCGCAGAAGAUGAGGGGCCCUGACAUGAUGGCCCAUCAGGGUAUGAGCCCUGAGGAGCUGGCCAGGGCAAGGGCUCAGAAUGGCAAUGGCAGUGCAAUGCUGGGGGGACCGCAGAAAAUGAUGAUUCCCUCUCAGUUCCCCAGCCAGGGACAACAAGGUUUCUCCAGUGGGCAAGGACCUUACCCCAACAUGCCUCAGGAGAUGGGCAAUGCCUCAGACAUGUUCAGCCCUGAGCAGGGCACCAUGCCUGUCGGAAGCAUCAGUGGUACCACUAGACUCAGCCACAUCCCUCUGCCUCCAGCCUCCAAUCCUGCUCCUGCACAAGGGGGAAACCUGGCCAAUAUGCACCCAGCACCUUCCCGGGGGUUGGGCCGCCGACCCUCCGACCUCACCAUCAACAUCAGCCAGAUGAACUCCCCCAGCAUGGGUCACCUCAAGUCCCCCACCCUCAGCCAGGUGCACUCUCCACUGGUCACUUCGCCUUCUGCCAACCUCAAGUCCCCGCAGACGCCCUCGCAGAUGGUCAGCAUGCCACCUUCUAACCAGUCUGGGCCCCUAAAGUCUCCCCAGGUGAUGAGCUCCUCACUUAACGUCCGCUCUCCUACUGGCUCACCAAGCCGCCUGAAGUCCCCUUCCAUGGCUGUUCCUUCCCCGGGUUGGGUGCCAUCUCCCAAACCCACAAUGCCCAGCCCAGGAGUCAACCAGAGCAAGCAGACACUCAGCAUGAACUCCUCCACGUCCAUGGCAGGACUGGAUCAGGGUUCUCUCCCUUCUGGGCCCAGGAGUAGUUCUUCUGCACCAGCCAGCAACCAACCAGCCUCUAGCACCAUGAACCCCAACAUGCCUUUUACUUCCUCUCCAGAUCCAUCCCCCUCCCAGAACCCCCUUUCUCUGAUGAUGUCUCAGAUGUCCAAGUACGCCAUGCCCAGCUCCACACCACUCUACCACAAUGCCAUCAAAACCAUUGCCACCUCUGAUGACGAGCUGCUGCCAGACAGGCCUAUGCUUCCACCUGGAAGUAUGGCAGGUGUGACAGGGAAUCAAACGAAUCAGCUGCACUUAAACUCCGUGGGACCUGGAUCCUCCCAGAGCCCCAUGGGAAUCAACUUGCCUGGUCAGCAGCCUCUUUCCCACGAACCACCCCCUACUUCUAUGAUGUCCUCCCCAAACCCGCUAGGCUCCAACAUUCCUAUGCACCCGAGUGCGCCGGGGCCGGGUGUGCCCCCCCAGAACCCCAUGAUGCUGCCCCCGGGGCCCCAGGACUCGCUGAACCAGCAGUGCGGCCCCGUGCCCAACAGUUCACAGAUGAUUCCUUCCAACCAGCUCGUGUUCCCCCGCAUGCAGCAGCCCCACAACGCCAUGCAGUCUCCUGCAGGAAGCAUGCCCAUGGCCCCUGGUGGGGCAGGUGGCCCUGGCAUGCAGCAGCAUUUCCCACCGGGAAUGUCAUUGCCACCCGAGGACCUUCCUACCCAGCAGCCCGGCCAGAUGCCUCCUCAGCAGCACAUGAUGGGCAAGAACAUCCCUCCUCGGAUCGGCGAGCCCUACCCAGCUGUGCUUCCCGGGGUGGCAUCGGUACUGAACGAUCCUGAGCUCAGUGAGGUCAUCCGGCCCACGCCCACGGGCAUCCCCGAGUUUGACCUGUCCAGGAUCAUCCCGUCGGAGAAGCCAAGCAGCACCUUGCAGUAUUUCCCCAAGAGUGACAGCCAAGCACCCAAAUCACAGCCUUCCAACCUCCACCUCAUGAACCUGCAGAACAUGAUGGCUGAUCAGCCCCCCGUGAGGCCAGGUAUGAAUGCCCCCAGCCUUCCGGGGCAGCAGGGCGUGCAGAGGGGACUCGGCAUGCCCAUGUGCCAUCCUGGACAAGUGCCCAUGCUGGGCAGGACAGGCAUACCGCCCCAGCAGGGCAUGAUGGGCAACAGCAUGCAUCAGGGCAUGAUGUCUCCGCAGCAGAGCCUGAUGGCCCAGCAGAAUUUCAUGCUGAUGCAGGCCAAGCAGAGGAGCAUGUCUGUGUCGGGGGAGAUGUAUGCCCAGACAGGACACAUCAUGUCACCUCAGGGCUCUCUCAUGGGACCCCCACCGCAGCAGAACCUAAUGGUCACACACCAGAUGAGGCAGAGGAGCGUCUCCCUGGACAGCCAAAUGAGUUACAUCCCCGGGCCGGGGAACAUGGCUAACCUGCCUUUCUAAAGCAUGGGCCUGAUUGUACAGAUGUUUUUAAACCUUUCGUUGGGGGCGGGUUGGGGGCCGACGCCAGUGGAGGACAGCAAGUGGGAUGCUUUUCAUAUCGGAUUUGCCUCUAUACAGAAAACCAGAUGUGCAGUAAACUUGAUGUGAAUUGGGUUUGGUUUUUUUUUUUCUUUUUUUUCUUUUUUUUCUU